AUGACAUCUGAUAUCUUACUCCCAGGACAACCAGUCCCCCUCCCUCGUGGUCCUGCACCAAACCUUGGAGGAGGUUUAUACCUAAAAGAUGGACAGGUUAGAGCGAGCCUUGUCGGUGUCGCACAGUACGAAGGACCUACCUUGGCAAUAUCUCACGUACGAUCACAUCCUCCCGCAGCAAAUUCGGUCGUGCUAGGGACCGUCACUCGCUUGUCGCCUUUACAGGCCAUGGUGUCCAUUUCAGUCGUUGAUGGUGUCCCUCUUCCUGCCGGUGAAGAAUUCAAUGGUGUCAUACGCACUCAAGAUGUCAGAGCAACAGAGAAAGACAAGGUGAAGAUCAGCGACUGCUUUCGUGGAGGAGAUGUCGUCAAGGGUAUAGUGAUAUCUCUGGGUGAUGCUCGGAGUUACUACAUCACCACUGCACGCAACGACCUCGGUGUUAUCUUUGCCAACAGUGAAGCUGGCGCGUCGAUGGAACCUGUGUCAUGGCAAGAGAUGAGGUGUCCCAAGACAGGACGAAUAGAAAAGCGCAAGUGCGCAAAACCUGAAAAUUUAUAG